AUGGCCCCGAAAUCCAAAGACGAGGAGAAGGAGAUCAAAGCGCUGGAUGAUAGCGACAUUCAAAUCCUCAAGACAUACGGACAAGGUCCGUAUGCCUCAAGACUGAAGAAGAUUGAGAAUGAGAUCAAGGAUGUGCAGAAGCGCGUGAAUGAGAAGUUGGGUAUCAAGGAGUCUGAUACCGGUCUUGCGUCUCCGAACCUAUGGGAUCUGCCUGUCGACCGGCAACGAAUGGGCGAGGAGCACCCUCUGCAAGUCGCCCGCUGCACCAAGAUUAUCCCUGUCGACCCGGACGCGGCAGCAGCAGCGCGGGCCGUCAAUCCUGCCGGAGCUACUCAGGGCCAGAAGGGUGCUGACGAGCAGGACAAAUAUGUGAUCAAUAUCAAGCAGAUUGCUAAGUUUGUCGUCGGCCUUGGCGAGCGUGUGGCACCAACAGAUAUUGAAGAGGGCAUGCGAGUAGGUGUCGACCGGAACAAAUAUCAGAUUCAGAUUCCCCUACCUCCCAAGAUCGAUGCUUCGGUCACCAUGAUGCAGGUUGAAGAGAAGCCUGACGUGACUUACUCUGACGUCGGUGGUUGCAAGGAGCAAAUUGAGAAGCUCCGAGAGGUUGUAGAGACGCCACUACUAUCACCCGAGCGUUUCGUCAACUUGGGUAUCGACCCGCCGAAGGGUGUUCUUCUCUUUGGACCUCCUGGGACUGGAAAGACCCUUUGCGCCCGUGCUGUGGCCAAUCGGACGGAUGCUACUUUCAUCCGAGUCAUUGGCUCGGAAUUAGUGCAGAAAUACGUCGGCGAAGGUGCACGUAUGCAAGAAGGCUUGCAUCAUCUUUUUGAUGAAGUCGACGCCAUAGGUGGUGCACGGUUCGACGACGGCGCGGGAGGCGAUAACGAAGUCCAGCGGACGAUGUUGGAGCUCAUCAACCAACUGGAUGGUUUCGACCCUCGUGGAAACAUCAAGGUGUUGAUGGCAACUAACCGGCCUGACACACUGGACCCGGCCCUUCUCCGACCUGGUCGUCUCGACCGUCGAGUCGAGUUCUCGCUCCCAGAUGUCGAGGGUCGCGCACACAUCUUGCGAAUCCAUGCACGGAGUAUGAGCUGCGAGCGAGACAUUCGGUUCGACCUGAUCGCACGACUGUGUCCGAACACGACGGGUGCAGAGCUGCGGUCGGUCGCGACGGAAGCGGGCAUGUUUGCGAUUCGUGCGCGGAGGAAGGUCGCGACUGAACGGGACUUCCUCGACGCAGUGGAGAAGGUGGUGCGACAAGGGACGAAGUUCUCGAGCACGUACGUAUUCUCUGAUUCUAGUCACUUCGCAUCGUUUGUCUCUAUUUUCUAUUCUCAAGGUCAUGCAGAGCCGACAUUUACGCCCGCUGAGCUUUCCCGGUCGAUCGAAGAACAUGCGAAACAGCCUCCCAGGCCGCUCACUCUGUCUACCCUGCUCUCCCUAGCUGACCCAGUCACACCAGACUCUGUGCUCAAGUCGGUUGGGUAUGUGCUCACGGAGAUUCCUCGUCGGCUGGCGAGGCGUGCGCGAGCCCUGGAGGACCUGCCGUUCAUCGUGGGCAUGAAUCCGUUCGUCGCGCGCACCCUCGAGAGGUACCGCCAAAGCUUCCGCUUCUUAUCCACCCAUCCUGCGGUGGGCAGCUUGGAGAACAACAGACAGUUCACGGAGAAGCUGGAAGAGGUAGUGUCCAGCCAUGCGAAUGACAUACCGACGAUGGCGAAAGGCUUCCAGGAAUGUGCGCGGUACAUGACCCCAGAACAAAUCAGUACCUUCCUCGACGAAGCAAUCAGCAGCCGUAUUGCCGUCCGGCUCAUCGCUGAGCAACACAUCGCGCUGUCCCGCUCGCUGGAGGACGGAGAGAUGGCGGCGGACCACCUCGGCAUCGUGCACAAGUCGUGCUCGCCUCAGAGCAUGAUCCGCAUGUGCGGGUCGUGGGUGAGCGACCUCUGCGAAGCGACGCUCGGUGCACAUCCUGAGAUCGUCAUAGACGGGGAGGUGGACGCUACUUUCGCCUACAUCCCUGUCCACCUGGAGUACAUCCUCACAGAGAUCCUGAAGAAUACCUUCCGCGCAACUGUCGAGCGACAUGCCAAGCAGCAUCCCAUUGCCGCCUCAAUACCUGCAGUCCUUAUCACAAUCUCGCCUCCACCUCCGUCCUGUCCUCCGCGCCAACGUUUCCUUUCCCUCCGCAUCCGAGACCAGGGAGGCGGCGUCCCCCCAGCCUACCUUGCCCAAAUCUUCUCCUACUCUUUUACGACCGCCGGCAGACAGGCGGCCUCACAAGGUGGCAGCUGGGAAGAUGCGGGGCUCGGUGGUGGUCCCUAUGCCGCGCAGCACAUAGGUGGAGGCGCGGCUGUCGAUGGUUCUGGCUCAAUGGGUGGAGGCGGGCUCUUCACGGAGAUGACAGGGCGUGGCUUGCAGAUGGGGAUGGGCACAAUCGCUGGAUUGGGGUACGGCUUGCCCAUGAGUCGCUUAUAUGCGAGGUACUUCGGAGGUUCACUGAACUUUGUCUCCUUGGAUGGGUGGGGGAGCGACGUAUUUCUGAAACUGCGUUGUUUGGAUGAUGCUGGCGAUGCAGAGAUUUAA